CAUACCGUUAUAAAAAGAACGGACCGUAUGAUUUAUCGAAAUUUAUCGCACGCGAUAGCAGAAUAAAGUUGGUCGGCGCUUACGUGACCGAGCAACAUGGCAGCCAUCCUAGCCUUCUUCACGGCCGUUUGCGCGUAAUACGGCGAGUGGAUACGCGAUCGAGGAACAUAAUGGGCGCCGAGGAUUGCUGAGAGGUCGACGAACAACAGACGUGUGACGGAUGAUGAGGAGGCGGUCGCGCGUUCCGCGUUUCUCCACACUGUGAUCGUCAUCGGAACGGAGAUUGACAGCCCGGGUGUGCGUGCGUUGCGUUUAAAUCGUGCGUUGCGAGGGUUGACAGGUGGUGGUGGUAGUGGUGCGUGCGUGUCAUCGCUGUUCGUCGCGUUGCUGAUUUCAACGCGGCCGCAUUCGCACCAUGUUCGCCACCCUGAAGAACAAGAUACGCGAGGAAAUCGGCAGCGACGUAUCUACCGUCGUCAGAAACGCCGGCAGCAUACGCGCCAUCAAUUCCAGACAGGUGUCUCAGACAGGCUCUACAAGUAGUAUUAGUGGUUCCCAGGUAUCGUUGGAUGGAUCGAGAGAAGAAAAUGCAGCGUCUCCUUCACCACCGGUUUCACUGAGAAGAGAAAAUAGUUUUGAACUGAAGCUCAACGAUGGGAUGCAAUUAUCAGCGAAAGAUAUAAAGAGGUUCGAAAAUAGAGAGGAGGAAUGGAGAAAACGCUUGGCCAAGAAAGAAACGGAGAUGUUGAAGCGAAUGGAGAAAAAGGAAGAAGAAUGGAAAGUCAGGCUCUUCGAAAAGGAAAAGGAAUGGAAGAAAGUUGUGGAAAGGCAGGAGAAGGAGAAGCGGAAAUUAGAGGAGGAAAUAAGGAAAAUAGAAAUCACGAAACAGUCCUUAGAACAUGCUUUGAAAGAUGCAGAAGAGUAUAAAAAGAAGUUGUACAGCUUUCAAGAGGAUGCGGAACAGCUGGAAGGUUUUCAAACACAGGAGAUGGCUAAAAUUAAACAUCUUUUAUUAGCAAAAGAGCAAGAAGCGGACGAAAAAUCUCACCACUUGAAAGCUGCUACAUCAGAAAUAGAGAACCUGAAGACCGAAGUUUCCCGUCUCAGACGAUACGAGGACGAGUUGAACAAUGUGCAAGACGAGAUGGAGACGAUGCGCCACUCCACUCAGCGAGAAAGAGCGCAGCUCUCCUGCCAGCUGGCCCACACGGAGGAGGAGGUCCGUCACCUGAAGGACAAGGUGUUCGUGUUGGAGCAGAGAAUCGCCUUGGAGACGAGCGACCAGGUGACGGUCGACGAGAGAAUAGCCGAUUUGAUGCGCGAGCGAACGUUGCUGGAGCGUAAGCUGGAGGAGGCGCACCUACACCUGUCCGACAUAAAGACCAGCUGGUCUGGCAAGAUCUCCAGUCUGGAGACGCAGGUCGGCCGGCUGAGUAGGCAGGCCGGCGAGGAGGGGCUGGAGCGCAGGCGAGUCGAGCAGGAGAAGGAGAAGCUGAGACAGAGAAUCAAGCAGCUAGAGGCCGAGAUAGAGGUGAACAAUGUUGUCAUGGCGACGAAAGACGCCAAGCUUUUGCGCAUGACAGAGGACAUCGACGAGAUGGCAACGGAACUGAAAGAGCUCCGUGCCAGCGUCGAUGACGAGGUGGAAGAGUUUAAGCGGCAAAUUGAAUCCUCUUCGAAGCAGAUCGGCCAGUUGAAGACGGAUCUCGGGGACACGACGAGCAAACUCACCGCGGCCACCAACGAGCUGUCGAGUCUUCAGUCGUCCUUAGAGGAGGAACGGUCGAGCAAUGCCUCCUUGCGCGUGGAAUUGGCUGGUUUGCGGGAGACUCUUGAAUCCGAAAGGACGACGACGUCGGAGCUGCGCGUCUUCCUCGAGAAGGAGAGAGGCGAGAAGGACACCGCGUUGCUGAGAAAUGCCCAGGUGUCGCAGGACAUAGAGAUCGUGAAGCAGGAAAAUCGGCAGCAGGAGAUUGAAAAUACGGAGCUGCAGAGUAGAGUGGAGCAUCUCGAAGAGGACCUGACCGGUAAGACGAAGGAGGCAGAACAAGCGGCGGUUGCGUUGAAGGAGCUUGAGCGAAGAGUGGCCGAGCUAGAGGAGGUGGAACGCAGCAAGGAGAAGCUGGAGAGUAACGAGAGGAUACUCAAGAGCAGUUUGCUAGACCUGGAAGAGCAGCUGAAUGAAAAGAAUAAGACAAUCAAAGUUCUGCAACAACGAUUAGCCGACAUGAAAAAGACGCUCCAACGCGAACUGAGGAUUCCAACCUCGUCGUUGGACAGCGACGUCGAAGCUUCCGCGGCGAUUCUCAAUCCGAGUUCAUCCAAAACCGUCACUGCCAGACAUAAUAAUUCCAGAGAAGAUGACGUUAAUUUUAAAUACCUUAAGCAUGUUCUCAUCAAGUUCCUCACUAGUAGAGAGUAUGAGGCGCUCCAUUUGACGAGGGCAGUGGCGACGUUGUUGCACUUCUCGCCGGAGGAGGAACGACUGCUGCAGGAAACUCUGGAGUGGAAGAUGUCAUGGUUCGGCACGAGGCCUAAUUUAGGAUUCGGACAAACCGCCAAGGCGAUACCGCCCAGCUGAUAAUUGCAAGAUGCUCCGUACUCGGCGGGCAGCAGGGCGAGAGUGAAAUCUUGUCUGAGGUCCGGCUGGUUCGCGGAAGGCAGCCACGACUGAUUCCAAAGGGCAUAAGAAAGGAAGGAGGCAGUAAAAGGAGCGUUCUAUUAGAAGAAUUAUAUAAAGCUAUAAAAAAAAAAAACGGUGAUUUUUUUUCCGAAACGCGCGUCUUAGCAUUCACGCGUUAGCACGAUAUGAGAAAACAAAUUGCGACAUGCUCUCAAGGCUAUUUAAUCGCGGCGGAGGGUGGCUUUGUGAGACACAUCGUCUCUCUCGAGCGUAUCAGACCGUACGACGCGGAGCUGCCGACUCGUCAUAUCGCGUAUGUAUGUAAUCACGGACGCGCCGGAGAAACACAAUUUCGAAGCGCUUAAACGAAGCACUCGCGUGUGAUGAUAUAUGUUGUGAUGUUGCGGCACGCUCGGGCCGCCGCGUGAUACACGUGCACAGUUUUGAUACGUGAUGCGAGUGUCGUAACGCGCCCGUGUCUUUGUCGAGUGUGAAAUGUCUCACGUGCAAUAUCAAGCACUACGCGACGACAAUGUAAGCUUGGUGUCGUUGGUUGCCGUCUGUCCGCGUUACCUUUACAAUCGGCGGACAGACCGAUUCGUGCAAUAGACAAGUUUAAUACACAGCCAUAUGUUUGUAUCAAUAAAAGCAUUCCUGGCGAUUAACAGA